GACACGGUAAGUUCCUGCAUGAUUUCAAAGUUCAGGUAACAGCUAGUUACGAGUCACAAGUUUAAGCAUAGGAGUGCUGUGUAACGACGUUGAACGGUUUCUAUUCAAAUAGGUUUAUUACCAGCCCCAUGGGUCUUACGGAUUGGGAACUCCCUUAUAUAAAUCCAUAGGUGCACUUUGCUCUAUGAUGCAGCUAAUGCGCGAUACAACGAAGACCCGACUUUUUCUUCUGUUACUCGUGUCUCUCAGAGGGGCAUACGCGGUUAACGUAACUGACUGUUUCAUCAACUUCAGAAAUAAUGCGAAUCAGACACUCAAUGCGUCCGGGUUGGUAGAUGCCAAUGGUGGAAGUAUAACAAACACAUCGUCGGAGAUCUUAAAAGCAGUCGGAUUCACCUAUGGCGCAUGUCUUUCACAAUGCGGCUCUGGAACACAGAAGCCCGACUGGGCAAACGUUUCGCAGCAGUUCAGCGCCUGGCUGUUACCCUACCUUGCGCUCAUUUCUCACCUGCCUUUCGGUGCAAGACAUAGAGUUGACAACCUCAUGUCUGUCGUCCUCACAAUCGGUUCACCGGUGCUCGCCGGUUACUCGAUGAUCUUCACUAUUCUCAACGCUCGGUGGAUCAGUCGUCGGUUUGAGAAGGUGUCCUUCCCAAACGCCAAACACGCCGUCCGCAUCCUUAUAAGCCUUCAGCAAACUCCACUGAAAAUAACGAAUGAAGACUCGUUGCUCAGCUCCCUCAUUGUCCUGCCAGAGAAUGACGACUGGUGGCCGAAAAUUGCCGAUUUUCUCGAUUAUACUCUCAAUUGGCCCAUCGCAUCUGCGGCAUCCAUUGCGUGGGUCGUCGUUGCAUACCUAUUGACAGCCAUCGGCUCGCUGUCGGACAUUGACGCCAAUCUCGACUCUAACGGUCAAGGCGCAGGGUCGAUUUGGUUGUGGCUCAUACCAAUCGUUAUAGGUUGGCUGCAGCUAUCCCCCAAGUGUGACUAUGUGCGCAUUAAACGGGCCAUGGACAAUGCAGAUGCAAUGGCAUUUGUAGCGACCCAUUGUGGAGCCAUAAAGGCAUCAGACCUUUCCGAAAGACGAGCCAUAUCCAUUGAUUCCACUUUGGAACACCCUUCGUCUCCCGACGAGAGUUUAACUCCACCCAUCUACAAUUAUGCCAGAGCCAUUCCAUGGUCUCGGUCGGCGGAGGAUGUCUUCGAUGCUUUCCUAAUGGCCUCCAACAAUUGCAGAAUGCAUAGACCGGUCAGGAUAGGUGACAUAUGGAAGAAUGCGGGCGGAAGGAACACUAUUGAGCCCAGCAACAGGUCUGGAAACCCGUCCGAAGUCAAUGCAUACUGUAGACUUCCUCGAUAUGCAGCACCUAGAUGGGGAAUAUGGAGUCCCUGGGCGUCAGGGAUAUUUUUCCGCAUGUUUGUGGCAUCACUCCUGCCCCUAGCUUUGCAGUGGGCAACGACUGGAGCUGCGGUGUUGGUUGUGUAUUUUACUCCAACUAACGGCCUUGGUUGUAGAUCUCUUGGUUAUAUCAUCUACGGUGCCCUGGCUACGAUAGUGUGGGCGAUGCUCGUUGCGUCAAGCAUCAUUUCGCACUACACGCAUUCUUACUCGGGCAGAUCUAGCUGGAGCCCGUUCUUUUCCAUCACAAUGCGUCUCGCAAAGGUCCUAUCGAACCUUUUGAGAUGGAGUGGGAAAUUCUUGGCAAUCAUCAAUGCAGUCUGGUUAAUCACCGCCAGUAUGCUGCAGUUUAUGGGUGUUUAUAAUAAUUGUUACUGCAACUCGAGCGCGUUGGGGAGAGGGGUCCAACAUGGAUAUAACAUCGUUAUAAACAGUAAUUUAGACUUAAGUCUGACUGAAGCUGCUUGGUGGGGCGGGUUGGCUUUGGGUUGCUCUACCUCUUUGGGAUUUGUUUUCUUGAUGAGUUUAUUGACUGACUUUGUACCUACGUGAUGUGUCUGAAGUUUUGGCAGUUAUCAGCCGGGAGGAACGGCAAACUGGCAGAAGACUCCUCACGCCAGGGCCUAUCUACAAGCCUUGAAGCACGGCAAGGAUGCAGGCGUCCUUUAUAUCAGAAAUAUUGUCCUCCAUAGAGUAUUACUCUGCAUAGGACACAAAAAAUUGUCACGGAUACAUACAAUUAUAUUUCAUAUUUAGGAUAUAUGUAUGAAUAGGUUGACACUCGUCGAAAGGUGAAAAUUUUCAUCAUGUUAC